AUGGCAGACAAGCUCAGGGGCAAGUCAUUGAGCCUCGUCAUCGGUCUCAUUGGUGCUGUUGGCUUCGUGCUCCAGGGCUACGAUCAGGCAGUUUGCAAUGGGCUAUUGACGCUGGGUUCCUUCAUUGCUGUCUUCCCUCAGAUCGACACUGUCAAUACUACCGGAAGUCAAGAUUCACACAAUUCUACUAUUCAAGGUACCACGGUCGCAAUCUAUGAAGUCGGAUGUGCACUGGGCGCCGGUUCCUGCGCUUUUCUGGGCGACAGGCUCGGUCGCCGCAAGACCAUCUUCGUGGCAGGCUGCAUCGCUCUGGUCGGUAUAGCUAUCCAGUCGACUCCCUUCUCACUCGGUCAGCUUAUUGCUGGUAGAGUCAUUACUGGCCUCGGCGUGGGCGGUUUCACUGCCACCAUCCCAAUGUACGUCUCGGAGUCAUCUGGCGCAGGAGCCCGUGGUCGGAUGGUGCUGCUGGAAGGAUGGUUCGCAAUCGGCGGCAUUGUCCUCGCAACAUGGUUGGAAUUCGGACUCUACUAUGUCAGUGACAACUCUGUUAGCUGGCGUUUCCCCAUCGCCUUCCAGGGUCUAUUCGCUCUCGUCGUUGUGACAUGUAUCUUGCUCCUGCCAGAGUCCCCGCGUUGGCUUGCGCGUGCUGGAAGAAUGGAUGAAGCAGCUGAAGUGCUAGCCCGCAUGGAAGAUAAGUCGGUUGACUCCGAACAUGUCUUGCAAGAGCUGGAGAUUAUUCGGCAGUCGCUUGUGAUGGAUCAGAACAACGAGUCAACGGGCUCUUCCUCGCCGUUCGCACUCACGAAUAAUGGCCAUCUACACCGGACUGUUAUUGCCGUGGGUGUGAACAUCCUGGCGCAGAUGACCGGUGUCAAUAUCAUCACUUUCUAUUCCGAUACUAUCUUUCAGAAUGAUUUGGGAUACUCGGGCACCAUCGCCCGAAUCAUCACCGGAUGUCUCCAGAUCUGGCAGUUCGUGGCAGCUGGUCUGGCUGUUCUACUCAUUGAUCGAGUUGGACGUCGUCCACUGUUUAUCGCCGCCGCAGCCGGUAUGACUGUUGCCCAGGCUUGUUUGGCCGGACUAUCAAGCGAUCUGAGUAACCACGCUGCAGCGAGUGCAUCCCUCUUAUUCUACUUCAUCGCCUUAUUCUGCUUCCCCAUUGGAUUGUUCCUUGUUCCCUUUAUGUACGCUGCUGAGAUUGCACCCCUACGUACCCGUGCCAAGGUUACGGCCAUGUCGGCUGCGGCAAACUGGCUUUUCAACUUCGUCCUUGCGGAAGUGAGCCCUGUUGGGUUUGCUACUAUCCAUUGGCGUUAUUAUAUUAUCUAUGCAUGUAUCAGUGCUUUCGCCUGUGUCAGCUUCUACCUCUUCUGUCCUGAGACCAAGGGCCGCACAUUGGAAGAGAUUGACGAUAUCUUUGUUCAGUCGAAGUCUGUCUUCGAUACUGUGAGGAUUGCACGGGAGAUGCCUUUCCAGUCAGAGCUGCUGUCUUAUCCUGAUGAUACUGGGAAGGGUGGACUUGAGGAUGCACAGAUUGAGCACGCUUGA